GACGGCAACUCUACUUUGUCUAUAACUAGCUUCCUUUCUUUCAUUCAGACAAUCCGAAAGGGAACAAGAAUUCCACUUUUUAUAACAAUUUUUACAUAAUUCUUACAUUUUAAUAUUAAAGUCAUGUGAUUAGCGACAUAUAGUGUAAAUUUAUGCAUUUAUAUGUAACUUAAGUGUAUAUUUUAAGUCAGUGUUUUUCUUAGGUUAGAAACACUAUGGAUCGCAUAUAACUUUGGAGUUAAAAUUAUAUUUUUAACUAUUAUUUCGUGAAGGAAAUAUGGAUUUCGUGAAAAGAGAAGAUCAGAAUGUUAUCGACGAUGAAAACUAUAAGUUUUACAUUGAAAGUCUGCAAAAAUCACAGCAACUGGAACCAACAGAUUACCAACACUCCCCAUUAUCAAUGGAACAACUUCAUCAAGCGAUGCAGACUUCCGUAGCCAACACCAUCGUUCACAAUUUCCAAUUACCUCUGUCCCCUCGUCAAAUGUCAUCACUCAUGCUGAAAACCAACCAUUUACCAAGAAACUUGAACUUCAAUGACAUUCCCGCUCAUUUACAAAGAAACUUAACAUCCGAAUUGGAUUUAGUACAUAAUCUAACGAAUGAAUUACCGCAGAAUUUGAACAGGCAUGAUGACUUGUUAGGACAAAACCUCAGUAGAAACUUGGAUUUGUCAUUAGUACGGUCUCUCGGUAAUGAUUUGGAACUACAGAGCAAUUUGAAUCAACUGGCUCAGAAUUUAAAUGAGAAUUUGAGCGCGGAUUUGAGUAGAAUCAACGAUUUGAGAACUGAUAUACCUCAUGAUUUGAGCCAUGAGAUUGAUUUGUCCCAUCAUUUGAAUAGACCAAUGGAACAAGAAAUGUUGACUCAAGAAGAGGCUAGACGAACGCCAAUGGUGGUACAAUUACAAGAUCAGCAUAUGAUGGACCAAAACUUGGGACAAAGGUUGGUGACAAAUAUUCAUGAGAGAAUGGACCAACAGGAACAUUUAUUACCAAUGCCGUUUCAUAUAAAAUCGGAGCAGGAAGAUGAUGGGUACUUCUAUGAAAGUAUUAAUCCUGCUAUCAAUAGUGUUGGAAGUUUAAAUGGUAUCCCACCGGACCACACGCAGCAACAGCCAAACAUACACACAGACAACCAAAUGUAUGUAUAUAACACACACUUAAAUGUACCAGCUUUAAACUCCAUAGACCUCUACUCUAGACCACAGAACUACGUACAAAAUUACACGAACAUACGAGAAAACCCACAGAACUUAGUUGUGCAUAGACAGUUUGAAAACGCCAGCCCUUACCAAGAAGACUUUAAAAAAAUAAGGCACGAUGACUGUCUAAACAGCGGGAAAGAGAAAAUUGAAGAACCGAAGGAGAAUCUAAAACCAUUAGAUCAAAAUAAAAUAUACUAUUCGGAGUUUCAGAAUCAGAAUUUUACAGAAAAUAAAAACGAAAAUGAUUCUAGCUUGCAGAAUAAGAUGUCGGAAGAUAUAUCAAUGAAUAUAAAAGGUCAAUAUAUUUGUUAUAAGUGUAAUGAUGUGUUCCCUUCUAAAAGGGGGUUGAAACAUCAUUCUAAAUCUUGUACUGAGAAUGAUCAGUUAGUAGAAAAAGUUGGGAAAUUUAGCUGUAGCCAAUGCGCUUAUAGAUGUCAAUCGCCCGCCAUUUUGAAAAUCCACGAACGCACUCAUUCGGGAGAGAAACCUUUUUCGUGUACUUUCUGUGAUUAUAAAUCUGGCCAGAAAAAUAACGUUGCGAAACAUAUUUUAGUUCACAUGAAAGAGAAACCUUUUAGAUGUCAAUAUUGUGACUAUAGAUGUGCGCAAAAGAAUAACCUAGUCGUCCACGAGCGUACACAUACGGGGUACAAGCCUUUCGCGUGUCCAUUUUGUGACUACAGGACUGUACAAAAACCUAAUUUAGUGAAACACAUGUACUUACAUACAGACCAAAAGCCGUUUAGUUGCGAUAUGUGUUCGUAUAGGUGUGUACAGAAAACUAACCUCACAAAACAUAAGCAGAGGCAUUUAAACGAAAAAGAAGGCGACAAAGUCGAUGUUAAAAACCAAAGUAAACCGUAUAGGCCUCGACAGAAGUCCGUAAAAUGUCCACAUUGUCCCUACAGAUGUGUACAAAAGUCCAGCAUGGAAAAACAUAUGCAAUUUAAGCACGGGACGCAAGAAAAUGGAGAAUUUGAGCAAGGUUUGAACCUCAUGAAAUCCUCGGAGGACGCGGAGAGCAUAAAUUUGAGUGUGAAAAAAGAUUUUGAGUGCCAGGACAAAGAUAGUGUAAGUGAACAGUCAUAGUUUUUAAGGUUUCAGAGCUUUUUAAAAAAAAGAUGACGAAGUUUCUUGUCUGUUGUAUUUUUGGUGUAUUUUUCGAUUGAAGUCCCUGCGGGUUAUGAGAGUGAAGGAAUAGUGAGUGCACCUGUGUCCAAGCAAAUGUGCCUGCACUAUAAUAUGUCCUGCGCAGCUGGCUGAUCUCCUUAUAUGAGAACUGCCGCUAUGGCCGAAAUUGUUAUGUUAUUUCUGAGGACAUUUUUCGUGGCGACAUGUGUAAGCAAUAUUUUUGCGUUUUUGACGGUCAAAAAGUAUUUGCUAAUUCCGGAUUUUUUUAUACUGUCUGUUUUGGCUAAUUAGAUUAAAUCAUAAUAUCUAAAUAAUUUGCAUGAAUCGAAUGUAAUUAAGGAGCUAAAUCCGAAUCUUUUAAUUACAGAAAUGAUUUAUUUAUAAACUUUUUUUAGAUAAGUUGAUGGAAUAACAAACAGACGAAUAAAUUAACAAUUAAUUUAGAAAAAAAAACGAAAUAUCAGACUGUCUAGUCAUUUUUAAAUCUAUACAGGAUU